AUGUUUAUUGAAGAACCUAUGAAACAAGAAACCGAUACAAAGGAUUCAGCAGACGAUCUUAAUAUUGAUAUACCAAAAGAAACAGACGAAAACAUUAUCAAAACAUCAGUAACAGGAGUGGUGGUGGAAGAUGAACUACCUAAGACAACAGUCAGCGAAGAACCAGCGGUUACAAAGAAAUAUUACACGGUACAGACGCCAAAAACAAAAGAAUUAAGGCGAUCGAUUGAUGAAAAAGAAGCUACAACGGAAAUGAUAUAUCCAGAACCAGAACACACUACAACAAUAGAAGGAUAUUUAGUUGGCGAUGAAAAAAAAGAUGCAGAAGUAACAGAAGUACCAAUAAUAAUAACGACGAAAGCGAACGAAAACGAAUUAGUUGAUGAUGACGAUGAUUCUCAGCUAAUGAAAGAUUCUGUUGAUGUUAGUAAUCUUAGUACUAGGAGUUCAGAUGAUGUUGAAAUGGUCACUAGAAAACCAUGGAAAAUGCAGAUGCUGUUAUGGACCCUGUUAGGGCUCAGCCUCGUCCAGCGUGGUCGUCUAAAAGGUCGUCUCCUGAAAGGUGAUGACAUAUUCGACGGAGACUUUGCAGCUGAGGCCUCUGUCGAUUUCGAAAAGGGCAAUGCUAAUAUCGACGUUGAUUUGACAGAAGAGUCAGAAGAAAGAAGUGUUUAUAUGAAAAGACCAGUAGUUACUACCACAGAGAGGGUUUACCAGGUUACUCAGCCUAUGGACGAGAUAAAAUCAACUAAAGCAAUGAAAAUAAGUCGAAUACUGGACAGAUUUGAAAAUGAAAAAGAGAAUGAAAUAUUUAAACUUGAUGAGUGGGAUACCACGUAUUAUGAUCCUGAGGAAGAUAAUUCUACUGAUUACCCUAUAUUAGAUUAUAUAGAAAUGUAUAAGGAUACCACAAAUGAAGAAAACACAUACGUACCUACAGAAGUGCCUGACAUGUUCACUGAUUUUGAAAGAAAGGAAAUUUUGACGACUCCAAGGCCUACAGUUGAUCCGGAUCCCGUCUGCCAUGGAGACUGGUCGUGCAAGGAGUUCAUCAGGACUGUCUACCCUUGGGUGGUCUCCAUCUUCGUGACCAAUGAAAGCGCGGAUAGUCAGUUCAGUUACUACUGUGAUGGAGCACUCCUCACUGAGAAGGUUAUUGUUACUGGUGGCAGAUGCAUGAUUGCUAAGAACAGGACGUUGGACCCUGAAAACGUGUUGGUGUUCCUCGGGAAGGUCAACCUGCAGGCCUUUGGAGGAAAAGAGAAAGUGCAUAAGGUAAAAACUAUAAUCAAGCAUCCACACUUCACCACGGAUUACAAUGGGAGGGUGAUGAAUGAUCUAGCACUCCUAGUCUUGGAGGUACAAGUGGACCUCAAGGAGAACAUCCAGUCCGCUUGCAUUCACCAGGAGAACAGUCUUGUAGAAGCUGCGACUACAGCGUGGGGGGCGAAUGGUCUUCUGAUGCCGAUCUUCUUUAACAACAAGAAAGAAGAACACUGCUUCGAUAUGGACGAGAAUGUCUUCUGUGUUACAUAUGGAAAUGUAUUGGUCGGCAAACGAGCAGACGGAUUAACUGAUGGUAAGCAAUCAGCGUCGCCCAUGAACACCCGCAACGGAGGAGACGUAGCCCUAUGUCCGAGUUUUGGUGGAGUGUUCGUAUCAAAGCAAUCUGAGCGAUGGUGCCUGACUGGCAUUUAUUACGGAGACCCAGCAGAAAGAGGGAUCUGUUUCAUCAAGAACGUUUUCUAUACAUCACUGUACAACCACUUGAAAUGGAUCGACGACACAAUUGGAUUAAUAAAAAAGGGUUACAUGUAG